UUCUGUCAAAGACUAACAUCUGUUGCUAUAUUAACUGGAGGCAAGUAAUGUGCCCUAAUCUGAGUAUGUAAGUCUGCUAUAACAUCAUCUUCUUUUUCUAGAGCAACUAUCAUUUGGGUGAAUUGUAUAAUUCCUAAAAAUAAAAGAGAAAACGAUGAAGUGCGAAAGGUGAUCCAGUAAUCUAUGUAGUAUAAAUUAUUUGUAAUUGGGGCAUUACCUUCUCUGUUAUCAGUAAACCCAAAUUUUUUAAUAACAUCCAUUUCAACCUGUACCACCAAAGGAAAUACAUACUGCAUAACCUUUAACAUAUCAUUGCUUGCAUUGGCUUUAGCUUCAUUUAUCUUCUGAGAAGCUUCUUCACUUUCUAAAGCAGUCAAAAUUCCUUCAAGUGCAGCUGUUAUCAAAACAUAAAUUAGCCCAAUCUUUCUGAUGGAAUAAAAAGGUAAUUAUAAUAUUUUUUUUUUAAAUGUGAUAUGAUUUUAACAUUACCUCUUGCAGUUUCAGCAGUAAAAGUCAUCGUAUCACCCAUAUUAUGCAGAUAACGAUUAACGAUAAAACUUGUUAAUUGAUAUCAGUUACACUAAUUCGAUCUUAGCGACCAGUAAACAACGUCGCUAAGUAACAAAAGCUAGUUGAAUCGCAGCGAAAUUAACUGAUAACAGUUCAAAAGUAAUUAAAAUACUUUCAAUUAACGACAAUUUUAAAUUUCUAUAAAUAAAUUUAUAAAAAACACUGAGGUUGAAGAUCUAUUUUUUUUUUCCUUUUUCCUUUUUUAAUUUUAGGGACCCCCACGUCGAUUUACACAGGAUCAUUUAAAAAUAAUCGGGGACUAGAAUAAAAUUAUUUAUACAUAUGUCAAUUUUGUUAUCUAACACUUAAAAUAGAUCUUUUAAUAAACAUUGGGAAGUAUUCCAUAGAUAUCAAAAUGGAGUUUCACCGCCAGGUAUGAAUUUGACCGACGGUAUUUCUAGUUGUAGACGUUUGACAUUUAAAUUUCUUUAUCCAAAUUCCAUUUAAAACUGUGGACAAAUUUAACAAUGAGUAACCUUCUAUACUCACUUGGAUUGCCAAGUUCUAUUAAUGACUCUAUUUUGCAUUUAACUUUGUUGUUAUACGUAAAUAGUAAAGGAGAUGUAAUUAUGUGAUAGUUAAACCCAAGGUCAGGAUGAGAGAGAGAGGGAAAAAGGUGUGUUGCCUUAUCUUUUUUGCUGUUUGCUGAAUCUAGUCUAUUGGCCAGGCUUUGGUUGUGACUACUGUAAUGGACAGGGCAGGUUUUGCAGAGAUUUUUAAGGACACAGAAAGAGCAUGACAAGACUUAGUUCAAGGAAAACUUGAAUCAUGCACUCCAGAUUCUCAAAAAUUGCUUUUGGUUCAGCUAUAGCAGGAUCAACUGCUUAUCUAUCUUCAUGGCUUAUUAAUGAUUUUCCAUUUCUUGAAGAUGAGAAAUUAAAAGUACACGCCAGUUCAGGUAACGCUAAAUUAGUUAAGCGACCUCUUCCUCCUCGAAGCGAACAGUUAAAGUCAUUAAAGAAUGAAUCGUUCGAUGUGCUCAUCAUCGGCGGUGGUGCAUCUGGAGCGGGUUGUGCUUUGGAUGCACAAACCAGGGGACUGAAAACUGCUUUGAUUGAAAUGGAUGACUUUGCAUCCGGAACCAGUUCAAGAAGCACAAAGCUUAUUCACGGUGGAGUGCGCUACUUACAAAAGGCCAUUAUGAAUUUGGAUAUAGAGCAAUACCGUAUGGUUAAAGAGGCCUUGCACGAACGAGCUUUCAUGUUAGAAUCAGCGCCUCAUCUUACUCAGCCAUUGCCAAUUAUGGUUCCUAUUUAUAAGAGCAGGUCCCUAGGCCAAUUUCUUUUUAAUCUGCGUCGAGCAGGUAACAGUGAGGAGGGAAUUGAAAGAACGAUUGGAUUGAGGUGGUGGCAAGUGCCUUAUUUUUGGAUCGGAAUGAAAAUGUACGACCUCGUUGCUGGUUUCAAAACUGUUAAACAUUCAUUUUAUAUAGGCAAAACAUCAGCUUUGGAAAAUUUUCCCAUGUUACGUAAAGAAAGACUCUGCGGUGCCAUUGUUUAUUAUGAUGGUCAACAGGAUGAUGCUCGAAUGUGCCUCGCUAUUGCGUUAACUGCGACAAGGCACGGUGCAACAGUUGCGAAUCAUAUCAAAGCAGUAGAAAUACUUAAGGAUUCAAAUGGCUGUUGCUGCGGCGCAAGGCUUAGAGAUGAAUUCACAGGUGAAGAGUGGAACUGCUUAGCUAAAUGUAUUAUAAAUGCUACAGGACCACAUACUGAUUCAGUUAGGAAAAUGGACAAUCCAAAGAUUCCUACUAUUUGUGCUGCAAGUGCUGGUACACACAUCGUUUUACCAGGAUACUACAGUCCAGAAAAGAUGGGUCUUCUUGAUCCUGCGACGUCAGACGGAAGAGUGAUUUUCUUCCUUCCUUGGCAGAAGCAUACCAUUGCAGGUACAACCGACAUGCCUUGCGAGGUCACCCACCAUCCUAAACCUACGGAAGAAGAAAUAUUAUUCAUUUUACAAGAAAUAAAGAACUAUCUUAAUAAAGAUGUUGAAGUGAGGCGUGGUGAUGUUCUAUCAGCUUGGUCUGGUAUCCGACCUCUUAUAUCAGAUCCUAAUAAAUCCGACACUCAAUCGAUUGCCAGAAAUCAUGUCGUUGAAGUCAGUGAUUCACGAAUGAUUACCAUAGCUGGAGGAAAAUGGACUACGUACAGGUCGAUGGCUACUGACACCGUGGAUGCUGCUUUAAAAGCUGUUCCAGAGCUUGCCACCAAAGCUGGGCCUUGCAUUACCGAUAAGCUCCUGAUAGAAGGAGCUCACGGCUGGACUCCUACCAUGUACAUAAGGCUCGUUCAGGAUUUCGGAUUAGAAUGCGAAGUUGCUCAGCAUUUAGCUUACUACUACGGUGAUAGAGCUUUCGCUGUGGCGAAGCUUGCUUCACUUACUGGCCAGAGGUGGCCCAUUAUCGGAAGGAAGAUACACCCAGAGUUCCCUUAUAUCGAUGCCGAGAUUCGAUAUGGCGUGAGGGAGUACGCUAUGACUGCGAUUGACAUGAUUGCCCGAAGACUCAGGCUCUCUUUCCUCAACGUCCAGGCCGCGAGGGAAGCUUUACCUCUCAUUGUUAACACGAUGGCUGAAGAACUUCACUGGGAUGAGAAAGAGAAACAAAGGCAAACUGACCUAGCCAUUGAAUUUUUAAUGAAUGAAAUGGGCGAGCAGGUGAACCGAGCUAGUAAAGACAAGAUCCCAAUUGAUCUCACAAAAGAUGAAGUCAAAAUGUAUAUUGAAAGGUUCAGGCUCAUUGAUCAAGAAAACAAAGGCUAUAUUUCCAUUAAUGAUAUGCGCAGAUCUUUCAAGAAUUUUGGUGAUGUACAUAUUUCCGGAGAAGAGCUUCAUGAGAUGUUGAGGGAAAUAGACACAAAUAUGAAUGGCCAAGUAGAAUUAGACGAGUAUCUUCAGAUGAUGUCUGCUGUAAAGGCGGGACAUAUCAGUGCCACUGCAAGUCGGUUUGCUCGAAUGGCGGAAAUGGAACACGAAAAAGCUCAAAUAAAAAAGAAGAUUCCUGUUGAGAGAUCUGGCGGUGGCCUUUAAGUUUUUAUAUUAUUGUAAAUUAUUCUGUUUUUACGGCUGCCAAAUUUCUUUUUAUUUAAAUUAAAAUUUUAAAAAAAUUGAUAUUAACGUCUCUCUCUUUCUUUAACUUGAGUUUAAUUUUGUUAUCUUUAAGCUCUUGUUCUAAAUUUUAACUUAAUAUUUAAAAAAAAAAAAAAAAACUAACUGCAGUAUUCAUCUUAUUGUUUCAUAUUAUCUGUCAUUAAUUUUCUUUCAUUCAUCAACAAAGUUAUAUUUUAGUUGAUGGAAUGUAAGAGUUUGAUUCAGGUUAUUGAAGAUAAUGUAGUUUUAAUUACAAUAAUUUAAUUAUUGAAUUAAGGUUUAAGCGGAGAAUGGUUCCCAUUAAUGUUAACAAAUUGUUAUUGUUAUUAAUUGUGCUUGCUAACUUAAAUUAUUUCAAAGGUUGUAAAUAGUCUAUUCUAUUCAUUAAUCUAAUGAAUAAUUAAUUUAUUUUGAUCUAUUUAUAAAUUAUUUAUAAUGUAUAGACACACAUGUAAAGUAUAACUUAUUUUACUGGUAAAUAUAAUAAUAUAUAACUUGCAUCAUCAUUUAUUUUCCAUUUUUAUCCUAUUUACAAUUAAGAAGUUAAGAUAUUUAGUCAGGAUUCAUC